CAACAUGUCAGGCCAGGCCAAAAAUGUUGUUAAUGCGGCCCCUGAAUGCUUCCGGGCUGCGCCAAGUGGCCCUUCUUCACCAGGUACUACGGGAUCACGAGUAAAGGCCACCAUAUCCAACCCUUCAAAAGUUGACGCGCAUUAAAUGCCAGCUUUCACAAUUACUUCCCUACAACUCUCCUGAUCUUUCUCUAUUCUCCUUCUUACCUUGCUUGAAAUGUCUUCUUCUUCUUCCCUUCUUUUCAUCAUCUAAUUCUUCUCUGUCUUCACCAGUCUUUGCUUCAGCUUUCUUCCGCCAACGCGCAACGACGCGCAAGGCUCUCCCUGCCUUCAUCGAUCUUACCCACGGUAGCAAGUCGUCCGGUUACACGACUGCCCGCCAUAGAGGGCUCUACUCCUCCUUCGAAUUCGUCUACAGGAUCGUUCUAGAUCCUUCGUCCCUCUCACAUCAUGGCUGCUGCGGACAGCGGAUAUACCACUGGCGCAGGGCGAGACGAUACUGAUCUGCGUCGAAGAAAUGUUGCCAGUUAUGAGAACGCCAAUGGACAACAUGUCUACAAGGUGGAUGCCGAAGACGUGAAGAAGCUCAAAAUACAAAAGAAGUCGGGCAUCCUCGAGAUCCUCGACGAGUGGGAAUUCAUCAUAGCCCCCAUUGUCUUCACUGCGUUUGCCCUCUUUACACGACUAUGGAAGAUAGGUUUAUCUCCUAUUGUGACAUGGGACGAAGCCCAUUUCGGCAAAUUUGGAUCCCACUACCUCAAGCGAGAGUUUUACUUCGACGUCCAUCCACCCCUAGGGAAGAUGCUGGUGGGCCUGUCUGGCUACCUGGCUGGAUACAACGGUUCAUUCGAGUUCAAGUCCGGCGAGACCUAUCCGGAAGGCGUUAACUACACCUUCAUGCGGAUAUUCAAUGCCCUCUUUGGCGCAGUGACAAUUCCCUUGACAUAUUACACCGCGAGGGAGCUCAACUUUAAGCGUCCGGCUGUCUGGUUGAUGACUCUCAUGGUCCUUUGCGAGAACUCCUACGCCACCAUCUCCAGAUUUAUUCUCCUCGACUCCAUGCUUUUGUGCUUCACCUUCACCACGGUCUUGUGCUGGGCGAGAUUCCACCGUCUGCAGCACAAGAGCUUUUCAAUCGAAUGGUUUGCGUGGCUGUUCCUGACCGGGCUCAGCAUUGGGUGUGUGUGCAGUGUCAAAUGGGUUGGCUUGUUCGCCACGGCCUUGGUUGGCCUGUACACGGCCGAAGAUCUGUGGAACAAGUUUGGUGACCUAAAGAUGCCAAAGACCGAGCUAGCAGCCCAUGUGGUUGCUCGAGUAGGCGGACUCAUCGUCAUACCAAUGCUGGUCUAUAUGUUCUCAUUCUAUCUGCAUUUCUUGAUCCUAGAGAACUCCGGUCCUGGCGACGCCCAGAUGUCGUCACUUUUCCAAGCGAACCUCAGAGGCACCGAAGUUGGCAAGGACUCGCCUCUGGAAAUCGCUCUGGGAUCAAGGGUUACUAUCAAGAACAUGGGUUAUGGAGGUGGGCUGCUGCACUCCCACGUGCAGACGUAUCCCGAAGGCAGUGGUCAACAACAAAUUACCUGCUACCAUCAUAAGGACGCCAACAACGAUUGGUUUUUCUAUCCCAAUCGAAGCCAGCCCGAAUUCGAUCCGGAAGCGCCUUUAAGUUUCGUUGCCGACAAGCAAGUUGUUCGUCUCGUCCACGCACAAACCGGUCGCAACCUGCAUUCGCAUUCCGUGGCUGCCCCAGUUACCAAGGCUGACUAUGAAGUCUCUUGCUAUGGCAAUCUGACCGUUGGCGACGAGAAGGACCACUGGAAGGUCGAGGUCGUCAGCGAUGCAGCAUCCUCCGACAGAUCUCGAAUUCGAACCCUCACCACGGCAUUCCGACUGCGUCACACUGAGUUGGGUUGCUACCUCCGCGCCGGAACAGUCAAUCUUCCACAAUGGGGUUUCAAGCAAAUUGAAACGACAUGCGCCAAGAAUGCCAGCCCUAGAGAUGUAUACACGCACUGGAACGUGGAGUCUCAUGUUAAUGAGCGACUUCCACCUGGCGAAGCCAAGAACUAUCGCUCUCCAUUCUUCAAGGAUUUUAUUCACUUGAACGUCGCAAUGAUGACGUCCAACAACGCUCUUGUGCCUGACCCGGAUAAGCAAGACGACUUGGCCUCGCAAUUCUGGCAAUGGCCUAUUCUUCAUGUCGGUCUCCGCAUGUGUUCAUGGGAUGAUAGCAUUACGAAGUACUUCCUUCUCGGCAACCCGCUCGUCUACUGGGGCUCGACCGCAUCAUUGGGCGUUGCAGGUUUGAUUGUCCUGUGGUAUUUGAUUCGCUGGCAGCGAGGAUACGACGAACUUCGCCAGACCGAUAUCGAUCAAAUCCACUACUCUGGAAUCUACCCUCUGAUUGGCUGGUUCUUCCAUUAUUUACCCUUUGUCAUGAUGGGACGAGUCACGUAUGUCCAUCACUACUACCCGGCUCUCUACUUUGCCAUUCUCGUGUCGGGUUUCUGCGUCGAUUGGAUGACGCGACCCCUUAACAAGACUGUGCGCUGGGGUGUUUACUCUAUCCUGUACGCUGCAACAAUUGGCUUGUUCGUCUUGUUCAGCCCGAUCGUUUUCGGUAUGCAAGGCCCCAACAAGAAUUAUGCGUACCUCAGAUGGUUCAACAGAUGGAGAAUCUCGGAUGCUUAGAAAAGAAUGAGAGCAUCUCCACCGUUUGGGGAAUAUUACAGCCCAAAAAAUUUGACACGAGGAGAAUCGAGGUGGUGCGAUGGAUGUGGCCAUACAAGCGCCCACAGGGAAUUUUCGCUGAAACAGAUAUAAUAACUCUGAUCAUGAGGCUAUGGUACUUUCUGUAAAACAAGACUUGAAGCAAUGACAUGUAAAAGUUUCUCAAUCA